GUGUUGCACUAAUUGGGGAGCGGCACUUGUAAGUCUCUUUUGUAUGUGCAACAACUGCUGGCGCAACUGCAACACUGCAACACAAACAUCACAACAACAAAACCAAACAACUGCAACAAUAGCCAUAAAAAAGACAGCUGCUUUGCUGCAUUUGUCGCUUGCAGUUUGUCUUCAUUUCGCUUUUGUGCUUUGUGUUUUUGCAUGACAACAACAACUACAAUAAAGACGACGUCGAAAACAACCGCGAAUUAGUGCGAACAAAAUGUCACCGUUUAACUUCAUUAAGCAGGAGGUGCGUCCAAACACAAUACCCGACUUGAAGGUGGAUGCCACAUUCCGCAAGGUGCCGAAGCAUGCGUUAACCUUUGAGCUGUGGAAGAUCGACGAGGAUCGCCUAGAAGCCGUUGCUCGAGCACAAUAUGGAACAUUCUACGACAACUGUGCGUACAUCAUUUAUGCAUCGAGUUUAGUGGGACACUAUGCGAAUCACGAGACCAUCACACGCGAGCAGAAGCCGAAUGUGCCGUUGGAGCGUUACAUACACUAUUGGCUGGGCAGCAAUGUCAGCGAACAGAAUCGCUCGAAUGUUGUGCACAAGAUUCAGGAGCUGGACUCGUAUCUAGGCAAUGUGGCGUCCAUUUAUCGCGAGACGCAGAAUCACGAAAGCGCACGCUUUCUCUCCUACUUCAAGAAGGGCUACGAUGUACUCUCUGGCGCCUUGAUCAACUCGGUGCAAAAGGUGCGACUCUUUCAGUUGUACGGUCGCAAGUGGCUGCGUGCCAUUGAGCUGGCUGAGAUUGAGUGGUCACACUUCAAUUCGGAUUACAUCAUGGUGCUGCAGAUGGAGGCCAUCACCUUUGUGUGGAUUGGACGCUCGAGUGCCUCGAUUGAGCGUCGAAGUGCGCUCGCCUGGGUGCAGCGACAGCGUGGCAAGGAUUCUGGCACCAUUUGCAUCGUUGACGAUGGCUACGAGCAGUCGAUGAGUGCGGAGCACAAGCAGGCAUGGAAUAUGGUGUUGCCACUGCAGCAACGUCGUGUCUUUCAAUCCAAUCAGCAGCUGGACAGCAACAGCUAUGACUCCAAGUCGAAUGGCGAUAUCAAUGGCAGCAGCAACAAGUUUCGCAUUUACAAGUGCAAUCAACGUGGGCGAUUGCAUCUCGAUCAGCUGGACGUGGGCAUGCCCAGCAAGGAUGAUCUAAGCGAUGCACAUGGUGUCUAUCUGCUCGACAACUAUGGCCAAAGCAUUUGGCUGUGGGUUGGCGCCCAAGCCACUCAAGCGGAUGCUCUCACGGCCAUGGGCAAUGGACGUGCAUUUGUGAAGAAAAAGAAGUAUGCAAACAGCACGCUCGUAGUGCGUGUGCUCGAGGGACAGGAACCCGUGGAGUUUAAGCGUUUGUUUGGCAACUGGCUGACUGUGUGGCAGGAUAAUACACGUGGCCACAAGCCUGUGUCCACCAAGUUUGGCAAAUUGGAUGCGGUUCUGCUGUGCGAACGCCCCAAGAUGGCAGCGGACACACAGCUGGUGGACGAUGGACGUGGCGAGCGUGUUUUGUAUCGCAUCUUUGGCGAUCAACUGGUCGAGCUGCCGGCCACCAAAGUGACGGUCUUCACCACCAACGCCUCCUAUGUGGUCAAGUACACCGUUCAGUGUGCCACUGUUGUGCCCGCUGAUCUGGCCAGUGUGGGCGUCAAGAGCAUCAUCUACCAGUGGAACGGUUCGGAGGCAUCGGCGGAGACAAUUGCCAAGGCAGAUAGCUUUGCCAUGACUAGUUUCGAGUCGAUGCAAGGCGCGGAGGCGAUGUUUGUGCAGCUCUACGAGUUCGAUGAGACACCGCAUUUCUUGCAGCUCUUCGAGGGCAAACUGAUCAUAAUGCGAGGUCAACGCAGCGAGCUGCUGCACUCCAAUAACAAUCACAAUUGGGACUUCAAGACCAAUAUUAUGCUGGAGACCUUUUUGCUGAAGAUCUAUGGCGAUGCCAGCUACAAUUCUAAGGCUGUCGAAGAGCAUCCAUUGUCGGCGAUCAGCUCCAAGGAUUGCUAUGUCAUCAAGACGAAUCAUGUGUGGGUCUGGUGUGGACAGAGCAGCACUGGCGAUGCUCGGGAGAUGGCCAAAUCGGUGGGCGCACUACUGGGCGAAAGUUCGCUGAUGCUGGAGGGCAAGGAGAGCAAAGAGUUUUGGCAAUCGGUGUCAAUGUACUUUAAUCAGACGCUCGUCAUCAAUGGGCAAUCGUGUGGCAGCAGCACUACGAGCAGCAGCAGCAGCGGCGCCGGCAGCAUGUGCAACGGCAGCAACAACAGUGGCGGUGGUAAUGGCAACAUUUCGCCCACGCUGAGCAACAAUUGCUACUUGAACACCACAAUGCCAACGAAACCCAGACCGCCAGUGCAAUUGUUUCUCGUCUGGUGGCAGCAGACACAAUUGCGCUGCGAGGAAAUAUUGGGUUUUGAGCAAAAGGAUCUCUGUGCCGACUCCACAUACAUACUGGACACAGGCACCUUGGCUUACGUCUGGCUGGGCUCGAAGGCGUUGCGUCAGGAGCGCGAUAAAUACACUGCAAUAGCACAAAGCUAUGUGCAGAAUGCGCCAUUUGGCAGACGCUCGGCCACAGCUUUGGCUGUGGUGCGUCAAUAUGCGGAGCCCAAUGUGUUUAAGGGUUUCUUUGAGACGUGGCACGAUGAGCUGGGAAAGAACUUUCUCAGCUACGAGCAGAUGCGUCAGGAACUGGGCAGCGUGGCGCCCAGCAAUGGUCUCAGUGAGGGCUCCGCUCUGCAUCUGAACAAUAAUCAGAAGGACUUUGAUGGCCACAAGAAGUAUCCGCUUUCUGUGCUGGUGCAGGAAAUGGAUAUGCUGCCACCCGAAAUUAAUCCGCUGCGACGUGAAGUUCAUCUAACGCACGAUGACUUUGUUGGAGUUUUUAAAAUGUCCUUUUAUGAGUUUGAUGAGCUGCCCAAGUGGAAAAAGCAGGAGCUCAAGAAGCUCUACAAAUUGUUCUGAGACGACUCGUCUCGCUAAUCUCCUUCUGUAUAUAGUAUAUUUUAAUCGGGCUUUUUAGUUAUUUGGAGAAGUAAUAAAGCCACUUAUAUAUAUAAUUAUA